AUGGCUGCGGCGCCUCCCGCCCUCCCCUGCCCCGAGGCCCCGGGAGGCGGCGCGGGGGGCCGCCCGGGAGCCGCGCAACUCACGCUGGCGAGCUGGGGACUGGGCAUUGAAGUCUGGCGGCGGCGGGAGCGAGGAGGCGCCUCUCUCCUCAGUCACCUCGGCGGCGGCGGCGGCGGCGGUAGCGGUGGCGGCGACGACUCCCCCCCAGCCUCGGCGCGCGACACCCGGCCCGGCCCGGCGGCGGCGGCGGCGGCGCGUGUCCACGAGUCCGUCUUGCUGCUGCUGCUGCUGCUACGGCCGCCGCUGCGUCUCCGGCUGCUGCCGCUGUCCCCGCUGCCGCCGCUGCCCUGUGGCGUCGCCUCGCGCCGUGACCGGCCGCCGCUGCCGCUCCAGCCGCUACCGGACGGACGACGGUUACAGCCCGGGCCGAUCGCGCCGCCGCCACCACCACCGCUGCGCGCGCAGCCGGAACCAGCUCCCGCCGCCGCCCCUCAGGGGGCGCUGCGGGGCGCGGCGCGCGCGCGCGCGCCCGCCGGCCCGCCCUCCGCGCCUGCUGACUGGCUGGCCGACCGGCUCUAG